AUGGAAGAACCGUCUGUUUCAUCGACCAUUGUCAUUAUUGGAGCUGGUGUGAUAGGUCUCUCUUGCGCCUUGAAACUACAGUCACUACCUCAAUUUAACGGUAUAUCGGGGCAUGAAUGGAGGAUACUGCUCGUUGCCAAAGAGUGGCCGACGUCGAUACCAGGUGCCCCGGAGACCCAUUCAGUCAACUACGCUUCGAUAUGGGCCGGCUCUCAUGUUCGCCCUAUCCCGGCAACAUCUACCCAGCUACGAAGCGAGGCUACCUAUCUGAAGCAGACAGUCGAAGAAUUUGAACGCCUGCUUGCUGUGGACCCGUCAGUUGGAUUGACGCGUACGGUUGGUGUGGAAUAUUUAGAUGCGCCUUCACCAGACUAUGUGUCUCAAACAGGAGCAAGAUUUGAGGCGGAAUCAGGUUUGCGAGGGUAUAGAGCUCUGGGCGGUACGGAACUUCCAGAGGGUGUCGCUCUAGGGUUUGAAUACGAAACGUUUUGUAUUAACUCGCCAGUGUAUUGUCGAAACUUGCUGCGGAAGUUGAUCCUUCAAGGUGGAGAGACACUACAAAGAGACUUGAUGAGCGAAUGGGAAGCUUUUAGUCUCGUCCGCGAUGUCGAAUUGGUCGUUAAUGCAAGCGGUGUCGGGUUUGGGGACCAUUUAUCGUUUCCAACACGGGGACAAAUCGUUUUAACAAAUCUGACCCAAGCGUCAAAAACUGUUACAAGACAACAUCAGGAUGGUACAUGGAGUUUCAUCAUCCCCAGAUUUUUCAAUGGAGGCACCAUUGUGGGUGGCACGAAGGAGCCAGGAGAAUGGAACUCGGAAGCUUCUAUGUCAACCAGAGAAGAUCUUUUGAAGGCUGGAGAAAAGCUGAUGCCAUAUUGUUCCUCUCCGAAUACCGCAUCAAUUAGCAAAACGGAAGCAAUGCGUGUUAUUGCUGACGUUGUUGGGCGAAGACCUACGCGACAAGGAGGCAUGCGUGUAGAAGUAGAGGAGAAACGAGUAGAUAAAGGGGCCACAAGAUUGCCCUCGCGCCGGGUUAUUCAUGCGUAUGGCGCAGGAGGCCGAGGAUUUGAACUCAGUUGGGGAGUUGCCAAUGAAGUGGCUCAACUUGCCUCACAGCUGAUCUCGAAAUCUCCUUCCUAUAUGCCAAGACUCUAG